UAAGCCCUUUAGUUCUACCAGCAGUAUUGUCUCCGUGUCUAUUUAACCGUUUACGGUUCUAGCUGGACUCAAGACUUUACGUUUGGAGUUAGAGAAACCUUGAAGAGCGUCUCAGUAGAAAACAAACCUCAGGAUUGUGUCAGAAAACGGAGAAACGGAGCGAUACGGACGGAGAGAGCAGUGCUAACGAAGCUAGCCUGGAAGCUAACGGCAAUUAGCAUGGAGGAAUUCAAGAGCAUGAACGGAGUAACCCUGUGAGAGUGUUGAAGACUACAGAACCACUGAGACAUCCGGAAGGUGGUGGUGACAGAGGAAGUGUUUCACCCUGAGCAGCAGGAGAUGAGCUUCAGACUGAAACAGGAGCCACCAGAACCAUUAUACAUUAAAGAGGAACAGGAAGAUCUGUGGAUCAGUCAGGAGAGAGAGCAGCUUCAAGGAGCAGAUGAUAUAAUUACGUUUACAUUCAAUCCUAGCUCUGUGAAGACUGAGGAAGAGGAUGAAGAGGAACCUGAGACCUCACAGCUCCGUGAAGGCCAAAGUGAAGAGAACAGAUACAUAGAGUAUGUGAAAACAGAAGAUGAUGAAGAGGACUGUGGAGGAUCAGAAGCAGACAGAGACUUUAACCCAGACAGUGAAGAGACUUCAGACCUUUCUGGAUCUGAUACUGAUGACAGUGCUGACUGGGAGGAGAGUGAUGAACCUCAAGACGGUUUGAACCAUCUGCAAACUAAGGACAUAGCUGUAAGUGAUAUGAACUUUAACACUGGAAACACACCAGUAAACCCCUCUGAUCCGACUUUUGGAAAAAAGAAACGGCAGAGGAGGCCAAAAGGGGCCCCAUUAAGUUGUUCAGUUUGUGGUAAAAGUUUUACUUGUCAUGAAAAUCUGAGAAGACACUCUCUUGUCCACACAGGGGAAAAACCAUUUAGUUGUUCAGUUUGUGGUAAAAGUUUUUCUCGACAAGAAAAUCUGAGAAGACACACUGUCGUCCACACAGGGGAGAAACCAUUCAGCUGUUCAGUUUGUAAUAAAAGUUUCUCUCGACCUGAAAUUUUAAGAAACCACUCUUUGGUUCACACAGGGGAGAAACCAUUUAGUUGUUCAGUCUGUGGCAAAAGUUUUUCUAAACGUGAGCAUCUGAAGAUUCAUUCAGUCGUCCACACAGAAGGAAAAAUGUUUGGCUGUUCAGUUUGUGGCAAAAGCUUUUCUCAUCGUGUAAGUCUGAAAAGACACUUUAUAAUCCACACAGGAGAGAAACUGUUUAGUUGUUCAAUUUGUGGUAAAAAUUUCACUCAAGAUGGAAGUCUGAGAAGACACCUGAUAAACCACACAGGGGAAAAGCCGUUUAGUUGUUCAGUCUGUGGAAAAAGCUUUUCUCAUCAGGGAAAUCUGAAAAGACACACUGAUAUCCACAAAGGGGUGCAAUCGUUUAGUUGCCCAGUUUGCGGUAAAAUUUUCUCUCGACUUGGUUUUCUGAAAAAACACUCUGGUGUCCACAUAGCGGAACAAUCAUUCUUAACUGAAUGAGUCUGUGAUGAAAGUUUUUCUCAUCAUGUAAGUCUGAGAAAACACACUUUGGUCCACGACGACGAAAAAUUAUGGUUCAGUUGAAGUGUUUGUGAUUGAACAUUCACUCAACUUCAAGAAACACGUGUGUUAGUUAAAGCAAGAAAAUGAAAAUGUCCCAUGGUAUCAGAGGACAUUUUUGAAGUCUAGCAGUUGCUGUUUUCAAAUUUGAUUUAGAUAUUAAGUGACUCCGUAUUUAUGAAGUUGAUGGGCUCUCCUGGUGUUUGACCAGUCACUUGUAGGUGUAAAAUAUUUAUUUAGAAACUUUGGAACAAAGUUACUUCAGGAUUGGUUCAGAUUUGACCCAGUCUUUCCUCUGACACUACCUAAAUGUAAUAUGACUGUCAAUAUAGAGUUGUUGAUUUCUGUAAUUCUUGAU